AUGCCUCCGAAGCGAAAGCGUCCUGAACGGGCCCCGAGCGAUGCUGGCCGACCUUCACCGCACCGACCUGGUGAUACAUCAUCCAUGGCUCAGUACGAUAGAGACGAUCCCGCCGGCCGAGGCCGUGGACGAGGCAUCCAGCGAGGUGCCCCCAACAACGGCAAUCAUACGGACUCACCUACGAACCAGGCCGGACGACGCGUCUACGACAUGCACAACGGCUCCCCUUCUCCGCAGUCGAGAAUCGCGACAGCUGAAAGCCGUCCCGUCCCCCCCCAAGCACCGACGAGACAACCGGCACCGGUACAAGCGUCGACGGCACAAGAACCUCCCACCCUAUCCGGCCGUUACUACGAGCAUCUCUCCGAGGAGAGGCUCAGCAAGUGGGCCGCCGGCGGACGCGACGAGGUCAUUGCUCAUGGAUGCCAGUCUCGUCAAGAUCUCGACAUCACGGAGCUCUCUACCAUCGUUCAAGAGUUUAUCCAUGCCGUCGUUGAGAGGCGGAUGGAUGCCAAGGACGCGGGUGCCUGUGUCAAGGAGAUACUGGGUCCCGAUGCCGAGGACAAGGCUAAGGGUCCCUUCUUCGCCCCUCAUGCCCUCCUAAUUGACUCACUGGCCCUCAUCCUCGAUACCAACACCAACAAGUUCCAUCCCUCGCUGCGCACCUUCCUGCUGGAGACUGGCGUGUCGGUGGCACUGAUACGGCAGUACCUUGAUGCCCCCGUCCUACAGCAGCUUGGCCUGGUCAGGGACCACUUCAUCCGCGUCGGCGUGCGUCAGGCCACAAACCUCCUCUACCGACAGGCAAACUACAACCUGCUCCGCGAGGAGACCGAGGGCUACUCGAAACUCAUCACCGAACUGUACAUGACCAGCGAUGCCCUGCACCCCGACGUGCCUCAGGAGAUCUUCGAGCGCAUCAAGGGCCUCAUCGGAACCUUUGACCUCGAUGUUGGCAGGGUCCUGGAUGUCACGCUCGACGUGUCGGCUGCAGUCCUCGUCAAGCAGUUCAAGUUCUUCGUCAAACUGCUCCGCGUCAGCUCGUGGUGGCCGCGUCCAGCUCCCAAGUCGCCCGAGUGUCCCUUUGUCGGCGGUCUGCCCACCUGGGCUACCCCCGGCUACCCUCAGUGGACAACGACGGAAGAGGACGAGGCUGCCAAUAUCAGCAACAAGCGUGCCCGCGAUGUUGCAUUCUGGGAUCGCGCCCGCAAGGUGCACCUGACCGCCUUCUUCGAGCUCGGUGGUAGGCAACUCACCGCGUCUGCCAUCGAGAAUGGCGCCACCAACGGAGCCGACCCUACCGAUCCCGGCGCAGAAGCCGAGAGGCAGUGGAUGGACAUUACAAAAUCCCUGCCCCCCAGCGGCAACCAUGUGGCUGCCCACCUCCUCGGCUUCAAGCUCCUCUUCUACCAUUCCAAUCUCCGGGACCCUAGUGAUGUCCUGCCCGCCAACCUUCUCUACCUUGCGGCUCUGUUGAUCAAGAUCGGCUUCAUCUCCCUCCCCGAUCUCUACCCGCACCUCUCUCCCGAUGAUGACAAGAUGGAAAAGGUUCGCGAGAAGAAGAUGGAGGAGAUUGAAGAGGCCGAGAGGAAGGCUCGCGGUGGCGGACAGGCAAACGCCCUUCUCAUGGCUGGCGUCCUGCCCCAAGGUGACGACGACAACCCCAACGCUGUCAGCGCACCGCGUAAGGAGGCCGUCAAGAAGACCGAAGCAGAGAAGAAGCAGGAGGCUGCCGAGGCGGCGGCUACCGCCAAGGGAGACGAGCCGCACGAGCAAAAAGUUUCGCUCCUCAUCCAGCUCCUCACCAUUGGCGCCCUUCCCGAAUCCUUAUUCAUCCUCGGCCGCUUCCCCUGGAUCCCCGAGGCGUUUCCCGAGGUCCUGGACUGCAUCCACCGCAUCUUGCACGUGUGUGUGAGCAAGCUGUACGCCGAGUCGCGACCCGUGGCCGUCAUCUCCACCGAGUGUCCCAUGAAGAACGUGGCCGAUUACGACCAGUCCGGCCUGCCCAAGGGCAGCGUCCGACUCACUCGCAUGACUACCAAGAAGGUCCUUCGCUGGCCUACUGCCGACAAGCUGGACCACAACGAGACCCAGGACUACCGUUACUACUGGGAUGAAUGGACCGACAACGUCCCCGUGUGCCAGACCAUCGACGACCUCUUCACCCUAUGCGAUACGUUUCUCAACAUCUCGGGCGUCAACAUUGGCCGGGACGCCGCUCUGGUCACCAAGAUUGCCACCAUCGGCGCCAAGAGCCUGUACCAGGACUCGUCGGACAGCAACAUGACGCGCUGGAGGGAGCUGCUCAAGCGCCUCCUCCUGCCCGCCCUGAGCCACACAAAGGCCAACACGUCGGCUGUCGAUGCCGUCUGGAACAUCCUUCGCCGCUACCCGACCACGGUCCGUUUCGCCCUCUACGCCGAGUGGUUCGAGGGCCAGAUCUCGCGUCUGCCCGCCAUGAAGUCGGCUUUCUCCCGUGCACAAGCCGAGACGCGCGCCACGAUGAAGCGUGUCUCGUUGACCAACCUGAGCGAGAUGGCUAAGCGCUUGGCCAAGACGUCCUUCUCGUCCCCCGGCAUCGUCUUCAGCGUGGCGUUUGAGCAGCUCGAGUCGUAUCCCAACCUGAUCGAAGCCUUUGUCGAAUGUGCCAAGUACUUCACCAAUUUGUCGUACGACGUCCUCGUCUGGUCGCUGCUCAACUCGCUCGGAAAGUCGCGAAGCCGCACCCAGGCCGACCACGCGCUCACCACGAGCAAGUGGCUGCAGGCGCUGUCCCGCUUCGUCGGCAAGGUGUAUCGUCGCUACUCGGUGCUCACGCCCGUCCCGGUGCUCAACUACGUCAACGAGCAGCUGCUCCGAGGCAACUCGACCGACCUGAUCAUCCUCAGGGAGUUCAUCACAUCCAUGGGCGGCAUCGUGGACUCGGGCGACUUCACUGACCAACAGGUGCUCGCCAUGACGGGAGGCGAGUAUCUCCGCCGGCAAACCCUCAUCCGGGGCCAGGACAAGCGCUUCGAGAACAUCCGCAGCUCUCAGCGCCUUAUCCGGUCCCUCGCCGACACCGAGCUGGCCGCCCAGAUCCUGCUCAACCUCGCCCAGUACCGCCAGGCCGCGCUCUUCAAGGUCGACGAUGGCGAGGCCCACAUCAAGCUCCUCUCAUCCAUUGUUGACGACUCACACCGCAUCCUUACCCAGUACCUCGACUUCCUCUGGAGCAACCUCGACCACGCCACCUUUGAGAAGAUAGUCCCGUCUAUCCCCGAACUCAUGACCACCUUUGGCCUAGAGGCGGGUCUCGCCUUCCUCAUCGGCAGGCCCAGCCUGUCCCACCGCAUGCUCCCCUGGAAGACAAAGGAGCCUACCGAAUCCAAGGACCAGCCGGAGAAGCUCACGCCGGAUGGGGAUGUCGCCAUGUCCGAUGUCCCGCCGACCGAAGGCACACCUGACGUUUCGGCGCGAGAGCCCGAGGUCACCGAAGUUCAGAAGAACGAUGACCCGUCGCUCAUCCGCGCAGCGCUCAACCCCAUCGUCGAGUCAGUCCAGGCAAGCAUGCCGCCUGAGAUAUGGGCCAAAAUCAGCCCAGAUGUCUACGUCACCUUCUGGGCCCUCCAGCUGGGCGACCUGUUCUGCCCAGACAAGAUUUACCGGCAGGAGACCAACCGUCUGAAGUCGGAGGAGGCGGCCGUUGCCCGCGACAGGACAGACAUGAGCAGGAAGGGUCAGGAGCGCAAGAUGGAGAAGAGGAAAGAGCUCAUGCAGCUCCAAAUCGAUCUGUCCGAGGAGUGCGGCGAGCACAUGCUGCGCCAGGCCAAGUGGAAGUUCCACCUGUCGAAACAGUUCCAGAGUGCAUUCCCGGAGCCCCGUGCGAGCCCCGAGAGCAUUGCCGAUACGCUGCUGGAGCACUGCUUCAUCCCCCGAGUGCUCAUCUCGCCGGCUGAUGCCGAGUACACCUUCAAGUUUAUCAAGUCGCUGCAUGAGUGGAAUGCCCCAGGUUUCAAGCUCAAGGCUCUGUAUGACAGGCUGUUCAACGCCAAUCGUCUGCGUCUCCUGAUAUUUGCGGCGUCUGUACGAGAGGUGGAGAACCUGGGCCGCUUCUUCAAGCUCAUCCUAGAGGAUCUGCUGAGGUGGCACAAGAAUGAGCCUGUCUCUCUAUCGGACAACAGCACCGCCAAUCCCAACAACAACAAGAAGACAACUUCUCCUGCCAAGGAUCAGCAGCAGCAGCAGCCGCGCCUCGGUGCCUACGACAAGGAAGGCAAGGGCACAGCAGAACAGCCUCGCCUUGGUUUCGCGUUGACGACGGACGAAAAUGGCAAGCCCCAGACGUUUGUCGAACACCCAGAGUUCCAGAACUUGCUCUUCAGCUGGCACAAGAACCUGAACAUGGCACUCAAGUCUUGCCUAGGGGGUACGGAAUGGAUGCAUAUCCGGAACGCCAUCACUGUCCUGCGCACCAUACUCGACUCGUUUCCCGUCAUCGACUUCAUGGGCAAGCAGUUCUCGACCCAGCUGCAGGAGAUUUCGCGCAAGGAGGCCGCUUCCAAGACGGGCAUCGAGAGCGAGGAGGCCCACCGUGUGGAUCUCAGCGUGGCUGCCCAGGGUGCUCUGUCUGAGCUGCAGAGGAGGAAGGCCAAGUGGAUGAUGGUGCAGGCGUUCAGACCCAGCAUAGGCGGUGCGUUCCAUAAGGUGGCAGACAGGACGGACCUGCGGCCGACGGCGCCCGAGUUCAAGCCAAAGCCGGACACUGAUAAGCCUGCGGCCGCUGCCGACGAAGAAGAUGGGGAAGUCCCGGACGGUGCCAAGGCGAAGCCGGUUGAGACGAAGCCGACGGAGACGACCGCGGGAUCUGGGGAGACGACAUCGUCGUCCGACGCUCACCCCCACAAGUCGGUCACGUCGUUGCCUACCGGUCCGAGGGAAGGAAGCGCACCGAUCAACAUACCCACGCGGUCAUCGACACCUAAGCAGGGCCCGUCCGCAAGCCAGGGCAAGGCCGAAGCCCGGUCUAGCACGCUUCCCGACCGUCCGCCGCACAACCUCCCUAUCCGUCCCGAUGUCCCCAUCCCGGGCCACUAUUCUGAACGGUACCCCCACGGCCAGCAACGGACCACUGACCGCCGUGACGUUCGUGGUCCGCGGGAUGCUCGCGAGCGCGAGACCCGUGAUCCGCGUGACGGUCGUGAGCAGCAGCCCCACCGCGAUCCCCGCGAAGGCUGGCACGGUGACGUGGAGUGGAACGAUAGGAAUCGUGCGAAUUCAGGCUCAGCUGGACAGGAGCCCUCGAUGAACCCUGAGAGGGCGGCACUCUUCCGGCAAGAAGGGCAGGACCGCCCGCCAAGGUCAGCGGUCAGGGACACGGAAUCUCCUAACGUGAGAGGCCGUCGGCCGCCGCCGCACAACGACACGCCCGACAACGUCAACCCGGCCCGACCAGGCCUUGUUGGCGAGGGCGCCGACAACACGCCUAGCCGCGGACCGAGGGAGAUGGCCAGGGAGAUGGCCCGGGACAGAACACCACGAACCAGCUCCCCUCGACGGUCUGGCGGCCGGUACCCGGAAGGAAGCGAUCAGGACCACGCUAGGCCACCUUCUCGUCCUCACCCAGCCGACGGGCGCUCAGGAGGUCGGCAGCCGCGCGAGCGGUCUCCCCACGCUCCCAGAAACUACAGGGAAGGCGACCGCGGCGGUGCACCUCUGCCGGACAAGGGCAGCGCUAGGGAUCCUCCCUUUCCUAGAGACGGACCAGACUAUGACCACCGCGCUGGGCAACACGAGGACCAGAACUACGGACGCCUCAACCCCAUCCAGUUGACGGCGACGACAGGCGAGAUCCCGUCUGGUCCUCGCGGUCGAGGACGCGGAGCCCGUGCGCACGGGCCCAUGCCUCCCGGCCCACCGGACAACAGCAGCGGACGGUACGCACCGGGCUUCGGAAGCUCUUCGUCGCAGAGGAUGCCCUCGCCCCAGCCUACAGAGCGACAGCCUCCGACGGGACCGUCUGGACGCGCAAGCAGUCGGCGAGGCUACGAGCCCGGACCACCCGGGCCAUCCACGCCGGCCAGCUCCGCCAACGCUGUGCAGCCGGAACGCGUGCGCAACCUGAACAACACCUCCAGCGAGGCACACGCGGCACCAGCGGCAGGCGUGCACCCAGACCGGCUUGCGCAGCUGGGCGGCGGCGGCGGCGGCGACAACAGCCGCAACGCACCCACGCCGCCGUCCUCGAGCGCACCCGACCGGUCAUCUCGCAGCAGCAACGACACCCGUCCGGCCCCCAGCACGCCGUCUGCACCGGAGACGGCGACGGAACGCGGCCGCUCGGGCGGGAGCAAACGUCAACUAGCAGGUAUAAACAACAUGCUACAGGCGAACCGACCGGCCGAAACGGCUCGCAGUAGUGGUGGCAGCAGCAGCCGUCGCAGCGGACGCUCAACACUAGGCAACUCGGACAUCCAAAUCCUGACUGGCGGGUCGCCCACGGCAGCAGCAGCACCAACGCUUUCCAGCGAAGAUUUCACCCGGGGCAGUCGGGACCGCGAAUCGCGUUCGGAUCGUCGUUCGUCCCGUCGGUCUAGCCGUGACAGAAGCUCAAACAAGGAUCACCACCGGGAACGCGACUACCGCGACCGUCGGGCUUCAGAGUCGGGCUCGGGCGCAGCUGCAGACCGCGAAUCGUCAAGAAGACGCGGCGCGCCGCCGCCGCCGCCGCCGCCACCGCUACCGUCCUCAGAGUCAAUGGGUCCACCACAUUCUGCUCAGGGCGGACAAGGGAGGGAACCCAUGCUGGGUAGAACAGGUGGCAAGGAUGAUCACCACGGUAGUAGUAGGAGGGAUGAUUACCGUGGUAGGAAGAGGAGGAGCGAGGAUGCGAAUGGUCACGAGAGGGAUAAAAGGCAGAGGCGUUGA